AUGGUAGCAUUAACAAAUGAAUCACCAACAUUUUGUUUUGAUCGAGAUGAAUUAUCAACGACGGAUUUUAAUGUUGAUGCAUUUGUUGUAAAAUAUAAACGUGAAGUUGGUUUAGAAAAAUUACGUGAUGAUUUAGAUUUAUUUUUACGUGUACUUAAAUCCAGUAUGGUAGAAUUAAUAAAUCGAGAUUUUGCAGAUUUCUUAAAUUUAUCAACUAAUUUGGUUGGUUUUGAUAAAUCUAUAACAACACUUAAAAAUCCAUUGACUGCAAUGAAAACUGAUAUAAUGAAAAUAAAUGAAACUCUUAGUACACAACGACGAGAAAUUGAAGAAAAAUUACGUGAACAAAAUGCUAUUCGUCAACGAAAACAAGUUAUACAAUCAAUAAUUGAUGUACAAAAAUCUAUACAAAAAUUAAAUGAACUUGAUGAUGCAAUAAAUCUAUCAAAAAUUGAUAUUAGUGAAAUGAUUGAACGUGCUGUUGUUCAAUUUAGUUUUAUUUCUAUACAAUUAGAUAAAUGUGAUCAAAAUGAACCAACUGUUGAAUCACUUAAAUUAAUUAUAGAAAAUUUACGUCGUGUUUUUGAAAAACGUUUAACAACAGCUUUUAUUAAUGCAUAUCGUGAACCAAAUAUGUCAUUAUUAGCCGAUUCUCUUAAAGGUUUAGCUUCAAUUUCACUUCAGACUAUUGCUGAACAAACAUUUGCAAAUGAAAUUGUUCGACCUUAUAUGGAAAAGACUGUUCGUAAUGCAUUAAUUCAAUCAACAGAUAUAUCAUUAGCAUUUGAUAAAACAUUAGAUUUUAUUCGUACAGAAUGUAAAGCAAUGCUUUAUGUUGUUGAACGUAUAAAUCGUGAAUGUGGUAGUUAUUUUGAUUUUGUUGUUAAUUCAAUAUUUCCUGAAUUAAUACAAUGUCUUGAACAAACAUCAAAUAUAUUAUUUUUUGUUGGUGAUCCUGAUAUAUUUCAUGAAAGAUAUUCAUAUUGGUUAAAAUUUCUUGAACAACUUCAAACAAUUUUAUCAAAAAUAAGUGAUGAAAAUUUAAAAAAAUCAAAAAUUUAUAUUGAAUUUUCAUCACGAUGGGAUUUAGUUGUUUAUUAUCAAAUAAGAUUUCAAGAAAUAUCAAAUUCAAUUGAAAAUAUAAUUGUUAAUAAAUCAUAUGAAUUAAAUGAAGAAAAAAAUUCAUUAUUUAAAACACUAAUUACAUUAACUAUAUUUCAAUCAAUUGAACAUUGUUGGCAAAAAAAUAUUUUUCUUGAACCAUUAUCACAUCGAUUUUGGAAAUUAACAUUACAAUGUAUUGUUCGAUUUUGUGUAUGGAUUGAAACAUUUAAUAUAAAAACAAUUGAUAUGAAAUUUCUUUUAAAUCUUUAUAUUGAUCUUCAAACAUUUUCUAAUGAAGUAAAAAAAUUUUUUCAUAAUAUUAUUCUUGGUCAACGACUUACAUCAAUUAUUUCAUUAUCACCAAAUAUAACAAUAGAAUUAACAAAUAUUUUAGAUGAAACACUUUUCAAUUUAACAGAUAAAUGUCGUCAAAAUUUAAAAAAUUUAAUUAUUAGACAAUUAAUUGAUCGAUGUAAUGAAACACUUCAUUCCAUACAAGAAAUUCCUCGAAUGUAUAGAAAAACAAAUCGUGAAGCUCCUAGCAAACCAUCAAGUAGUAUUAUUACAACUUUUCGUCAUUUACAAACAUUUUCUAAUGAUUAUAGUGGUACUAUAUUAACUGAAGAUGAAUGUAAAGAAUUUCAAACAAUUGCUAUGGAAGAAAUUACUAAAAAUUAUUAUGAAUUAUGUUCAGAGAUUUUAUCAUCUGUUCGAAAAAUGGAAGAUAGUAUUCAACGUUUAAGACGUGUUCGUGAAUCAUCUAAAGCAUUAUCAAGUAUGUCACAAAGUAUGACAACAUCAUCAACAGCUGCACUAACAGAUGAUAAUAAAAUUCGUAUGCAAAUUCAACAUGAUGUUAAUGCAUAUACAAGCGAACUGAAAAAUCUCGAUAUUCAUAUUGAAUCAUCAAAUAAAUUAACUAUUCUUAAUGAAGAAAGUCGUUUACAAAUUUAA